UGCUGGUUAUGCUGGGUCUCCGUGUGCAGUUGAUUGUUCUGCUCCCAACACAUGUAUGAACGGAGGUACCUGUAAUGGUGAGGGCAAUGCAUGUCAAUGUAAUGCAGGAUAUACUGGAGAGUUGUGUGGUACAGAUAUCGACGAAUGUGCUUCCGGUCCGUGUAUGGCUAAUGAAGAUUGUACUGAUGGAGUGAACAUGUAUACUUGUGCGUGCUCUGCUGGUUAUGCUGGGUCUCCGUGUGCAGAUAUCGACGAAUGUGCUUCCGGUCCGUGUAUGGCUAAUGAAGAUUGUACUGAUGGAGUGAACAUGUAUACUUGUGCGUGCUCUGCUGGUUAUGCUGGGUCUCCGUGUGCAGUUGAUUGUUCUGCUCCCAACACAUGUAUGAACGGAGGUACCUGUAAUGGUGAGGGCAAUGCAUGUCAAUGUAAUGCAGGAUAUACUGGAGAGUUGUGUGGUACAGAUAUCGACGAAUGUGCUUCCGGUCCGUGUAUGGCUAAUGAAGAUUGUACUGAUGGAGUGAACAUGUAUACUUGUGCGUGCUCUGCUGGUUAUGCUGGGUCUCCGUGUGCAGAUAUCGACGAAUGUGCUUCCGGUCCGUGUAUGGCUAAUGAAGAUUGUACUGAUGGAGUGAACAUGUAUACUUGUGCGUGCUCUGCUGGUUAUGCUGGGUCUCCGUGUGCAGUUGAUUGUUCUGCUCCCAACACAUGUAUGAACGGAGGUACCUGUAAUGGUGAGGGCAAUGCAUGUCAAUGUAAUGCAGGAUAUACUGGAGAGUUGUGUGGUACAGAUAUCGACGAAUGUGCUUCCGGUCCGUGUAUGGCUAAUGAAGAUUGUACUGAUGGAGUGAACAUGUAUACUUGUGCGUGCUCUGCUGGUUAUGCUGGGUCUCCGUGUGCAGAUAUCGACGAAUGUGCUUCCGGUCCGUGUAUGGCUAAUGAAGAUUGUACUGAUGGAGUGAACAUGUAUACUUGUGCGUGCUCUGCUGGUUAUGCUGGGUCUCCGUGUGCAGAUAUCGACGAAUGUGCUUCCGGUCCGUGUAUGGCUAAUGAAGAUUGUACUGAUGGAGUGAACAUGUAUACUUGUGCGUGCUCUGCUGGUUAUGCUGGGUCUCCGUGUGCAGAUAUCGACGAAUGUGCUUCCGGUCCGUGUAUGGCUAAUGAAGAUUGUACUGAUGGAGUGAACAUGUAUACUUGUGCGUGCUCUGCUGGUUAUGCUGGGUCUCCGUGUGCAGAUAUCGACGAAUGUGCUUCCGGUCCGUGUAUGGCUAAUGAAGAUUGUACUGAUGGAGUGAACAUGUAUACUUGUGCGUGCUCUGCUGGUUAUGCUGGGUCUCCGUGUGCAGUUGAUUGUUCUGCUCCCAACACAUGUAUGAACGGAGGUACCUGUAAUGGUGAGGGCAAUGCAUGUCAAUGUAAUGCAGGAUAUACUGGAGAGUUGUGUGGUACAGAUAUCGACGAAUGUGCUUCCGGUCCGUGUAUGGCUAAUGAAGAUUGUACUGAUGGAGUGAACAUGUAUACUUGUGCGUGCUCUGCUGGUUAUGCUGGGUCUCCGUGUGCAGUUGAUUGUUCUGCUCCCAACACAUGUAUGAACGGAGGUACCUGUAAUGGUGAGGGCAAUGCAUGUCAAUGUAAUGCAGGAUAUACUGGAGAGUUGUGUGGUACAGAUAUCGACGAAUGUGCUUCCGGUCCGUGUAUGGCUAAUGAAGAUUGUACUGAUGGAGUGAACAUGUAUACUUGUGCGUGCUCUGCUGGUUAUGCUGGGUCUCCGUGUGCAGAUAUCGACGAAUGUGCUUCCGGUCCGUGUAUGGCUAAUGAAGAUUGUACUGAUGGAGUGAACAUGUAUACUUGUGCGUGCUCUGCUGGUUAUGCUGGGUCUCCGUGUGCAGAUAUCGACGAAUGUGCUUCCGGUCCGUGUAUGGCUAAUGAAGAUUGUACUGAUGGAGUGAACAUGUAUACUUGUGCGUGCUCUGCUGGUUAUGCUGGGUCUCCGUGUGCAGUUGAUUGUUCUGCUCCCAACACAUGUAUGAACGGAGGUACCUGUAAUGGUGAGGGCAAUGCAUGUCAAUGUAAUGCAGGAUAUACUGGAGAGUUGUGUGGUACAGAUAUCGACGAAUGUGCUUCCGGUCCGUGUAUGGCUAAUGAAGAUUGUACUGAUGGAGUGAACAUGUAUACUUGUGCGUGCUCUGCUGGUUAUGCUGGGUCUCCGUGUGCAGUUGAUUGUUCUGCUCCCAACACAUGUAUGAACGGAGGUACCUGUAAUGGUGAGGGCAAUGCAUGUCAAUGUAAUGCAGGAUAUACUGGAGAGUUGUGUGGUACAGAUAUCGACGAAUGUGCUUCCGGUCCGUGUAUGGCUAAUGAAGAUUGUACUGAUGGAGUGAACAUGUAUACUUGUGCGUGCUCUGCUGGUUAUGCUGGGUCUCCGUGUGCAGUUGAUUGUUCUGCUCCCAACACAUGUAUGAACGGAGGUACCUGUAAUGGUGAGGGCAAUGCAUGUCAAUGUAAUGCAGGAUAUACUGGAGAGUUGUGUGGUACAGAUAUCGACGAAUGUGCUUCCGGUCCGUGUAUGGCUAAUGAAGAUUGUACUGAUGGAGUGAACAUGUAUACUUGUGCGUGCUCUGCUGGUUAUGCUGGGUCUCCGUGUGCAGUUGAUUGUUCUGCUCCCAACACAUGUAUGAACGGAGGUACCUGUAAUGGUGAGGGCAAUGCAUGUCAAUGUAAUGCAGGAUAUACUGGAGAGUUGUGUGGUACAGAUAUCGACGAAUGUGCUUCCGGUCCGUGUAUGGCUAAUGAAGAUUGUACUGAUGGAGUGAACAUGUAUACUUGUGCGUGCUCUGCUGGUUAUGCUGGGUCUCCGUGUGCAGUUGAUUGUUCUGCUCCCAACACAUGUAUGAACGGAGGUACCUGUAAUGGUGAGGGCAAUGCAUGUCAAUGUAAUGCAGGAUAUACUGGAGAGUUGUGUGGUACAGAUAUCGACGAAUGUGCUUCCGGUCCGUGUAUGGCUAAUGAAGAUUGUACUGAUGGAGUGAACAUGUAUACUUGUGCGUGCUCUGCUGGUUAUGCUGGGUCUCCGUGUGCAGUUGAUUGUUCUGCUCCCAACACAUGUAUGAACGGAGGUACCUGUAAUGGUGAGGGCAAUGCAUGUCAAUGUAAUGCAGGAUAUACUGGAGAGUUGUGUGGUACAGAUAUCGACGAAUGUGCUUCCGGUCCGUGUAUGGCUAAUGAAGAUUGUACUGAUGGAGUGAACAUGUAUACUUGUGCGUGCUCUGCUGGUUAUGCUGGGUCUCCGUGUGCAGUUGAUUGUUCUGCUCCCAACACAUGUAUGAACGGAGGUACCUGUAAUGGUGAGGGCAAUGCAUGUCAAUGUAAUGCAGGAUAUACUGGAGAGUUGUGUGGUACAGAUAUCGACGAAUGUGCUUCCGGUCCGUGUAUGGCUAAUGAAGAUUGUACUGAUGGAGUGAACAUGUAUACUUGUGCGUGCUCUGCUGGUUAUGCUGGGUCUCCGUGUGCAGUUGAUUGUUCUGCUCCCAACACAUGUAUGAACGGAGGUACCUGUAAUGGUGAGGGCAAUGCAUGUCAAUGUAAUGCAGGAUAUACUGGAGAGUUGUGUGGUACAGCCGCUCAGGGCCAGGCAAAACCCCCAUCACCACAGCGCCCAUUUGUGGUCAACAAUGAUGUAGAUCGCAAGGUCGCCUCUCAACGAGGGAUGGCAGCUGCAGCAUCUCCGGAAAAGAAGGGGAUUUUCGUUGAUAUAGGAGAUCAUCUUGAAGAGUUGGAGAUUGGUGAAUAUGGCAUGAUGGGAGAUGUUGUGAAACAGGCAGUUGAGGCAGCAGUAAAGGCAGCCGUUCCUGCUAUAGUUCAGGCAGUGAAAGAGGUAUGCCUGCGGUCAUUUAAGGAGGUGGUCAAUCCCCAUCUUCUCCACCUCCAGUUUCGACAAGAUGCAAUAGAGCAGGCUGGGAGGAAAGAUAAUUUGAGGAUCAGCGGUCUGGCUGAGGAGGAGAAGGAGGAGACAGAGGAGAUCCUGAUCGAAAAAAUCUGUAAGGUGGCUGGGGAGACCGGGAUGCAGCUUGCAGAGAGCGACAUCUCGGCUUGCCAUCGCUUAGGAAGGAAGGUGGCGGGGAAGAAGCGCGACACCGUCGUGCGCUUUGUCGCCCAACGUAAGCGAGACAAGGUGUACCAGGGGCGUUUCCACUUGAAGGGGAAGGAAUCCUUUAGGCAGGUUUUUGUGAAUGAAGAUCUCACCUCUACUCGCUAUGCUGUCUUGAUGGCAGCAAAGAAAUCUGCAGAGGUUGUGGUUGCCUGUCCAGGAUGCCCUCUCGCCGGCUCUCCUGACGAAGCUAUCCCCCAAUAG